AUGUGGCGUUUCGACCGCGCAAAAAUCUUCGCGAAGGCAGGGGACGGAGGGAACAGCGUCGUCGCAAUGCGGCGUGAAAAGUUUGUGCCUUUGGGCGGUCUGGCAGGCGGUGACGGUGGGCGAGGAGGUAAUGUGUAUAUGGAAGUAGAUGGUUCGAUGAAUUCACUUCUGCCAUUUCAAAACAGCGUUCAUUUUCGGGCAGGGAGAGGUGAUCAUGGAAGAGGGCAGUCCCAGAAUGGGGCUAAGGGAGAGGACGUCGUGAUUAAAGUAGCUCCUGGGACUGUUGUUCGAGAGGCUGGGAAGGAGGAGGUGCUUCUGGAGUUAUUGCAUCCCGGGCAGCGUGCAUUGUUGUUGCCGGGAGGAAGAGGCGGGAGAGGGAACGCUUCGUUUAAGUCGGGGAUGAAUAAGGUGCCAAGGAUUGCUGAGAAUGGUGCAGAGGGUCCUGAAAUGUGGUUGGAGCUGGGGCUAAAGCCAGUUGCAGAUAUUGGAAUAGUGGGCGCCCCAAAUGCAGGGAAAAGCACACUUUUGAGUGUGAUAAGUGCUGCUCAGCCAACAAUAGCAAAUUAUCCCUUCACAACUUUACUUCCUAAUCUGGGUAUGGUUUAUUUUGACUAUGAUUCUACAAUGGUAGUAGCAGAUCUGCCAGGUUUACUUGAAGGAGCACACCGGGGUUUUGGUUUGGGACAUGAGUUUCUACGGCACACUGAGGAGUGUUCUGCCCUGUCUCUUAUAAAACUUGGUGUCAAGGAAGGUGACACAGUGAUUGUUGGAGAUGAAAGGAUCCACAGAAACAACCAAGUGGCCUCAGUGGAAGUGCCGACGGUUAUGUGUUAUUUAACUGCUAACAUAUCAAAGAGAAAGGUAUUGUAUUGA